AUGCCCCGGGUUCCCGGCCUGGGCCUUGGACAGAGCUAUUUGGAAUGCUCAUGCUGGGAGCACCAGGUGCUGAGGUUGGAAGCCCCAGCAGAUUCGUUGGGCCCGGUGCAUGUGCUGAGCGCCUGGUUUGGCCACCCCACUCGAGAAGACCUGCGCGUGGACGUGACGGAUCAGCUCCGAGCUGUGGCAAGCGAUGCAUCGAUCGGCAUCCAGGUGUCCGCUUCCAACCUGGGCAUCGCAGGCGCAGAUGGCUGUGGAAACCGUGGCCCGAGCUACAAGAACUCCAGAUAUCUCAAGAAACUUCUGGUCUCUUGUUGCUACAGAUGGCUUGAUGAAGGUGCUGAAGAGGUGUGUAGUUUGUUGGCUGAAAAGGCCACAGAAGAAGUGCAUGCCACAGACCCUCGCCUGGCAAAGCUAGAGCAGAAGCUCACGGAGCCACAUGGUCCAUUGCUUUCAUCAGCAGCUGAGCACCAACUUCAGAUUCUUCAGCUUCAAAGUGCCUCAUCCUUGGCAUUGGAAGGCCUUUUAUAUCUUUCAGAGCGUCGACAGCGAGUCUUCAUCCAGGCCGCCGCGUCAAUUACCAGCCAUGGCUUUCCCUUUGCUUAUGUCGCCUGCAGAGCAGCACAAAGCUUGGCGCGAGCCUUGCGGCUCUGUACGACCUGCGCAUCUGAUGGACUUGCAAGUUCUUGUGCUUCCAAAGCUGAAGUACGGGACUUCAUGCAGCAAUGCCUGCGCUAUGGGUCUCAGCUGGUCUUUGAGCGCCUUUUUGGCGAGUUUUUCAAGCAUGUUCACGCAGAGUGGCUCGCUCACCGUCACACCUUUCAUGACGCUUCCAUUGACUAUUUGCAUCAGUUGAUCAAGGUGGCCCACGAGGAAUUGUUGGACCUUCUAAGACAGCAUGCCAAGGACUCGAGGCAUCAAAUUGAAGAAGACAUCCUGCGCGCAGAGACCUUGUUGGAGGCUGCACGCCUGGCGUUCUGCCCAUUGUUGGUGCUCUUGUCGAUGGGCAACGAAGAAGACUUGAGAGUACUUUGUAUCACCGACGUUGCGUUUUUCAUCUCGCAGACGGCUGGUGUGGUGCGGGCGGUUGUGAUGCCACAUGGGCAGCCGUUAGCCUUGACAAACGAUAUGUCACUAGUGGCACUAGCCUUAGACUUAGAUCGCUUUGUUCUUGGCAUGGAGGACAUAAACACUCUGGAGUCCAUCGCGAGCUGGGCUUUGCAACAAGCUGUGCGCUUGGACUGGUGGGCAGCCCCACCUUUGGCUUCUUUGUCGGAGACUUCAUUGGAACAUUGGUCGGCUUGGUUUCGCCAUUGGGACAUUGAGAAGAACGGCCACCUGACAAGUGGUGCACUUGCGCUGGCUUUAGGCGCUGCUGUCCGCACGGCUGCAGAUACAUUUUCUCCUGCAGCCAUGUCCGAUCCGCUAGAAGAGGUGUUGCCUCUACUUUGCUCCCUUGGUGGAUUGCAAAAGAUCAGUUUUGGGCGCUUUCUGAGUGAGGUUGCUGCAUCAGCUUCAGAGCUGCUAAGGAGGGUAAACACAAAUUGGUGA